GACAUCAACUUGUCAGUUGUCAGUCCAGCAGUGAACUUCAAAACUAUUUCAAGGCGUAUAUUUCUCAAGGUUUCUAAGUAUAAAACUGGUCUUUCAUCAACCUGGUGUGGGAUUGACGAUCAUCAUUUCGAGAGUUCUGUUCCCAAUGCCAUCCAUAUGUUCACGGUGAGCUGCUACGUGUUCCACCCCCUGCUGCAGAGGUUGGUGAGGCUCUGGAGAUAUGUGCAGGUUGUGUCAGAUGUCCUCACUUUCUUCCUGGCCAUGUUGUGCUGCCAGUGUGCUGCAGCAGUGCCUUUCUCCACCUCAUCCUCUAUGGAUUCUAAACCAUCUGUGCAGAUAUUUAAGGCUGAAGCAUUAACGCAGAAACAGGAGGAAAUAGAGAAUGACCAAUCAUGUGGCGAGCCGGUGAAGGCGCAUCACCUGGUGAUCGACUUUGCCCCCGGCAGGGAAGACACUCCGGAGAUACAGGAGCGCUGCCACCAAUACUGGCAGGAUGCUAAGAACCGUCAAGAGCAUAAUAACAUGUCCUCGAAGAGUAAAAACCUGAUUGAUUUAUCGAAAACCGGCUCACACCCCGACAGGAGCAUAGAGAGCCAAAGUAAUAUACCAUCUGUACAUACGCACAAGAAACAUAACAAAAAAGGUAACGUACAAACAGCAUUAGACUCAAGCACAGCAAUUAAAUAUCACACUUAAAUGACACAACUUUU